AUGGUUGCAUGCAGAGAGAUAUUAUGCAUUGAAAGUGAGGGAGAGACACUGUUGAAGUUGAAGCGUCAUCUCAAAGAUCCUUCAAAUAGGCUCUCUUCUUGGAAUGCAUCUGCCAUUUCCCGUUGUUGCCACUGGUCCGGUGUUCUCUGCAGCAACAUCACUGCCCAUGUUUCAGAGCUUCACCUCAAUACUUCAUAUGUUAAUUUUGAUGGUGAUUAUGAAGCUUAUACUAGAUCUCAAUUUGGUGGAGAGAUAAAUCCUUGUUUGGUUGAUUUGAAGCAUUUGAAUUACUUGGACUUGAGCGGCAAUGAUUUUGAAAGUAUGCCAAUUCCUUCUUUCCUUGCAUCAAUGACUUCCUUGACUCAUCUCAACCUUUCUUAUGCUGGAUUCAUGGGCAACAUUCCUCCUCAGAUUGGGAAUCUCUCCAAUUUGCUCUAUCUUGACCUCAGUAGUAAUUAUCUGCUCUCCGGAAAUGUUGACUGGCUAUCAAGACUUUCAAAGCUUCGAUGA